AACCCCCGACUGUCGUAAACCGGUGAAUGGCUUCUGGAGAGAGGCAAGCGGGUGAGCGACUGAGGAGCGGCUGUUCCCCCUAAAGCACAACCCUCCCCUCCCGCUGACCUCUUUCUUUUCGCUAAGCAAAGGCCAUGGAUCCCAACAGGAUCAUCCAGGCCCUCAAAGGCACCAUCGACCCCAAGCUGAGGCUGGCGGCUGAGAAUGAACUCAACCAGUCUUACAAGAUUAUCAACUUUGCUCCUAGUCUGCUACAAAUCAUUGUUUCUGAUCAAGUGGAAUUCCCAGUCCGGCAGGCAGCGGCUAUUUACCUGAAGAACAUGGUGACACAGUACUGGCCAGAUCGAGAGCCACCACCUGGUGAGGUGAUAUUUCCAUUCAACAUUCAUGAAAAUGAUCGACAGCAGAUUCGAGAUAACAUUGUGGAAGGAAUCAUUCGUUCUCCAGACUUAGUGAGGGCUCAGCUGACAAUGUGUCUCCGUUUUAUCAUAAAACAUGACUUCCCGGGACACUGGACAGCAGUGGUGGACAAAAUAGGCUAUUACUUGCAGUCUCCAAAUAGCGGGAACUGGCUAGGAAGCCUACUGUGCCUGUACCAACUUGUGAAAACCUAUGAGUACAAGAAGGCUGAGGAGCGUGAUCCCCUCAUUGCUGCGAUGCAGAUAUUUUUGCCUCGGAUUCAACAGCAGAUGAUCCAGCUCCUUCCUGACAACUCCCACUAUUCAGUGCUCCUUCAGAAACAAAUCCUAAAAAAUUUCUAUGCACUUGUUCAGUAUGCACUGCCACUUCAGCUGAUGAAUAACCAAACCAUGACUCAGUGGAUGGAGAUUUUCCGAUCUGUCAUUGACAGAAGUGUUCCUCCUGAGACUCUACAAAUCGAUGAAGAUGAUAGGCCGGAACUGGUGUGGUGGAAAUGUAAGAAGUGGGCUUUGCGGAUUGUUGCUCGUCUUUUUGAAAGAUAUGGCAGUCCUGGAAAUGUAACAAAAGAAUAUUUUGCGUUUUCUGAGUUCUUCUUGAAAACCUAUGCCGUGGGAAUCCAACAGGUCCUUCUAAAAAUCUUGGACCAAUACAGGAGGAAAGAAUAUGUCGCUCCUCGUGUCCUUCAACAAACAUUAAAUUAUUUGAACCAAGGAGUCCAUCACUGUAUAACCUGGAAGCAGAUGAAACCACAUAUGCAGGCAUUGUGUGAAGAUGUGAUCUUCUCCCUGAUGUGUUAUAGAGAUGAGGAUGAAGAGCUUUGGCAAGAGGACCCCUAUGAGUAUAUCCGCAUGAAAUUUGACGUGUUUGAGGAUUAUGCAUCCCCUUCAACAGCAGCUCAGCUUCUUCUGUACACUGCAGCAAAAAAGCGAAAAGAGGUGUUACCAAAAAUGAUGGCAUUUUGCUAUCAGAUUCUGACUGAACCCAAUGUUGACCCUAGGAAGAAAGAUGGUGCAUUACAUGUGAUUGGCUCUCUAGCAGAUAUUUUGCUGAAGAAGAGUGUAUUCAAAGAUCAAAUGGAGCUGAUGCUGCAGAAUCAUGUCUUCCCAUUGUUUAUGUCAAAUCUGGGAUAUCUGAGAGCAAGAUCCUGUUGGACCCUUCAUUCAUUCAGCUCUUUGAAAUUUCACAAUGAACUCAAUCUGCGGAAUGCCGUUGAGCUGACAAAGAAAUGCCUGAUUGAUGACAAAGAAAUGCCUGUGAAAGUAGAGGCGGCCAUUGCACUUCAGUCUUUAAUAAGCCACCAAGAGCAAGCAAAAGAAUACAUUAAGCCCUGCAUCAGGGCUGUUAUGCAGGAGCUACUGCUUGUUGUCCGAGAGACUGAGAACGAUGAUCUCACCAAUGUAAUCCAGAAGCUGAUUUGUGAAUAUAGCCAGGAAGUAGCAACAAUUGCUGUUGAAAUGACACAACAUUUGGCAGAGAUCUUUGGCAAAGUUCUUCAAAGUGAAGAAUAUGAAGAAAUGGAGGAUAAAACUGUUAUGGCCAUGGGGAUCCUGCAUACAAUUGAUACGAUUCUGACCGUUGUGCAAGACCACAAGGAGAUAACUCAACAGUUGGAGAGCAUUUGCUUACAAAUCAUUGGACUUGUCUUGCAAAAGCAUGUAAUAGAAUUUUAUGAAGAAAUCCUCUCUCUCGCAUACAGCUUGACAUGCCACCUUAUUUCACCACAAAUGUGGCAGCUUUUGGGUGUCUUAUAUGAAGUGUUUCAGCAGGAUUGCUUCGAGUACUUUGUAGAUAUGAUGCCUCUCUUGCACAACUAUGUCACUGUUGAUACUGAUACUUUAUUGACAAAUCCCAAAAACUUGGAGAUAAUUUACAGUAUGUGUAAAAAGGUAUUAACUGGUGACGCAGGCGAGGAUGCUGAGUGUCAUGCAGCCAAGCUCUUGGAGGUCAUUAUUCUGCAGUGCAAAGGGAGAGGCAUUGAUCAGUGUAUCCCUCUCUUUGUCGAAGCUGUUCUAGAACGCUUAACACGAGGCGUCAAAACCAGUGAGCUCCGCACUAUGUGUCUGCAGGUUGCCAUUGCUGCUCUUUAUUAUAAUCCCGCCCUCCUUUUGCACACUUUAGAAAACAUCCGAUUUUCUCACAACCCAGAACCUAUCACUGCACAGUUUAUAAAUCAGUGGAUGAAUGAUACAGAUUGUUUUCUUGGCCUUCAUGACAGGAAGAUGUGCAUCAUAGGACUGAGCAUCUUGAUAGGGCUGCCAAACCGACCUCCUGCUGUCGACGCAGUGGCUGCGCAAAUUGUUCCAUCCGUUCUCCUCUUGGUCUUGGGCCUAAAACAAGUGUGUGCCACCCGGCAGCAUACAGAACAUGAAGAGCGUGCUAGAGCUGAAAAGAACGACACAGAAGAUAAUGAAGAGAUUCCAAGUGAUGAAGAGGAGGCAAAUGAAGUAACCCAGGAAAUGCAGGAGAACCAUGCAGGCGGCGGAGGUGAUGUAGGGGAUGAAGAUGAUGAUGACGACGACGAUGACUGGGAUGAUGAUGCUUUAGAAGAAACUGCUUUAGAAGGCUUCAGCACUCCCAUUGACUUGGAAGAUGCUGUGGAUGAAUAUCAAUUCUUUACACAGGCACUAAUAGAAGUACAGAGCCGAGACGCGGCCUGGUACCAUUUGCUGACCACUCCACUCAGCAAUGAUCAGAAGACCCAGCUGCAGGAAAUCUGUGCAUUAGCUGAACACCGGAGGAGUUCUGCAGAAGCUUCUGUAUAUUGGAACCUCUCUGGGGUGGAGCGGAAGGGAAGUGUUUCAUAAGGAUUUCCACACCUUUAAAAAGGAGAGGCCAAGCUUUAGAAAAGAAAAAGGAUAGAACAGCAAAUGGGCUUCACAUUCAAUAAUAAAGAAUUGGUCUCAGGAUUUAACUUUGGCAGUGCUCCGGGAACCAACUGAAGGGGAAAAUGCUUUAAAGAGACUACAGAAUAUUUCAUUAUUGCAUUUUAUUAAAACGACAGCAUCAUUUGUGACUUGUGAACGGACAAGGGAAGGCUCCGGAAGAUUCCCUUUUGGGAAAGGCAUUGGCUAACCCUCUUCUCACCCUCUUACUCAGACACUCUUUCUAACCAGCUACUGUAAUGUAUAAAGUCUUGUGGUAUUUUUAUAAGUUGUUGAACUGAAAAGAAAGUCUCUGUCCCUUUUCCUUCUGCUAAGGAAGCAGAGCAGCAGAUGCCUGAAAUUGGAUGGAGUUGCACCUCUCAGGUCUUUGCCAUUGAAAAUGAAGGGGUCCCGUGGAGAACAGUGCCUUCUGUUGCAUAUGGAUUGCCUGAACACAAGAAUUUUGGAGUGCAUUGUAUUUUUUCAUUUUUUAAAGGAAGGACAUUUAUAGGCACACUUCAGACCUUGUUUUCCAUGCUCUUCAGUUACCUUACUCUAGUUUAAUUUUGGCUGCAUUUUGUCAGUCACAAACAUCCCAUCACAAAUCUUUCCACUUUUCUGCAUUUGUGUACAUUCAGGUAAUGUUCCCUAGAGUUAUAAAAAGUAUGUUUUUGUAAGUGUUCUCAGAAAGCAGAUCUUCCAUGAAAAAAACCCACCCCCUUAAGAGGACCUCAUUCAUGCAUUCUACCCUGGGUGGUGGGAGCUCCCUUCUAUCCUGCCUUGUCUCCAUCCCAUUCUUGGCCUGCAGCAACUGGGUCUCUCUGUUGUCAUGUAUAGAUCAGAACUUGUCCAAAGCACCCUGGCAACUUACAUUGUUUAAUGCAAACAUGGGCUAACUUUGGCCCUCCAGGUGUUUAGGAAUUGUAGGAGCUGGAAGUUCAAAACACUUGGAGGGCCAAAGUUUGCCCAUGCCUACCUUAAGGGAAGAUACAGCAGUGGUAAAUCGGUCUUUCUGGAAAAUGUGUGUGCUGCAGAAUCUGAGAAUGUUAUUUUUCUGAUUUAUCGUUCCCAGAAUCUGCAUCUGCUAUAGGUAGUGGGCAUUUGUCUAUUUGGGGGGCUGUAAAAUUAACUUCAAGUAUUUUGGCUGAUCUGAGAUACCUUAAGAGUUCAUGAGAAUAAUCUGAAAGCCACUGCUUCAGUGAAACUGGAAGACAUGCAGAUCUUUUACGAGAAAAGUCUGUUGAUAUUGCAAUGAAGCUCCUGGCCUUGCCCCUUCAGAUCAAGAGGAUUUCCACACCUUUAAAAAGGAGAGUGCCAUUGUGGAUUUUAUUAGUGUAUCAGUAAUCAGAUGGUGGGCUUUGUAAGUAGGUGUCAGCCUUAUGAUAUCUGUCUUGAGUGCUUUCUACUUGCACAGAAUCCUUAUCAUUCUUCCAACCCAUGUCAGCAAUGAAAACCUAGGAUUUAAAGAAUUGUUUUUAUUGGUUGCCUUUCCCUUAUCCUGUAUAAGGCAACUGGGUGAUCAUUUUGAUUUUUCCUUUGUUUUCUGAGCAAAACAUGAGUGGAAUAGUCAAUUAGAAGAUUGGUGCAGAAUGGUGUCAGAUAGUUGAUACCUAGCUGAAAAUGUGGGAGGGGUUGUGGGUGUUUAGCACUACUGAUCACUGUCUGUAUGAUGUGGACUGGACUGAGUCCUUAACUAUCAGGUGACCUUUCCCAUGCUCAAAUGUCAUCUAUUUCUCUCUUUAGCUGCCCUCUCCUUAACUUAGCAAUAUUGGGUAUUCCUUUUGUGAGUGUGGUAUUCAAGCUGCUCUGGUUUCUAGCCAUCCUUGACAGAUGUUUCUUCUGAGAUAUUUCUUGUUUUUGUGUUCAUACAAAACAGAUACACCAAGCUGAAGGAUGUGAACAUAUCUUAACUAUGGUUCCCCUGCUUUAAAAUAUACAUGCAUGAGGGUUAAGAUCAGACACCUACCUCAGUGGAUUUGGAAAGGAAAAGCUAUGUUUGGAACAUGAGUGCAGCCUUCAUAACUGACUUGGUUACAGCUAUAUGUUGUACUUUGAUCUUGGGCUAAGAUUCCCAGUAUACAAAAGCAACACUGGUGUACUGACUGGUGUACCUGUGAAAUGAAUAUAUUGGCAAGCACCACUCAAUCUCAUUCUGAUAUCAUUUUAAAAGAGGUGCACUCCUUCCAAAAAUUCAAUUCACUUAGACUCUGACAAGUUAACAUUUACAUUCUAUUUAGGUUUUUAUCUGGAGUGAUGAGCUCCCACCUCCUUUUUAAUUUGUUUUGGAUCCUUGUUGAUCUUGUCCUUUGUGUCCCAAAGACACUUCAUGUAGUGUACAUGUUUUAGCCUAUUAUAAUCCAUUUCCUUUGCCUUUCUGGAAACUGUCACUAUGCGUUUGGUAUGAGGAUGGAAAAAGAUAGGGAGAGUGUGUGGAAAUAAGAGUUUUUAAAAUAGGAGAAAAUAAGAGUUGAUGUUUGGGCAUAAAUGCUAGAAGUAGUAUCAUUGUAUUCCUUACAAAUACUUUGAAAAUUUCUUAGCAUUUAGGCCCAUUUUGCUUUUAUCAUCUCACUUUUCUUCUUUUAAUAAUUCCUUGUAGAAUUGAUUAUCCCAGCAGCAAUCCUGCUGAUGUGCUGUGCUGGAAUAAGUGUUCAAGUGUAGGCAAGUCAUGACAGGAGGAAGAAGGACGUAAGUGCUGUAAUCAUAAAGAAUAUGAGGCAUUGGGGAAACAAGCUGCUCAAAGCCAUGAGGUUUAGUUGCUUUCUCAUGCUACUGUCCUGGAACUGUAUGAAAAGUAUAACCACUAGCAUCAUGCACCAACAAUUUUCCAGGCCUUUUCUAGAGGAUUGGAAGUAUCUUUCAGGAUUCUGUCCAUAGCUCAAUCAGAGAGGAACAAAAAUAUGUACUGAUUGUCCUCAAUGAAUACCAGGGAAAUCAUUGCAUGGUAUUAUAGCACUGUUGAUACAUCCAAAUCAUUUGGCAGUAUAACAGACCCAGCCGGUUCAUCUGAUGUGGUACCUCUCCUCUUAGAACACACCACAUUAGGCUACCAAUGAGAAAAGGGCACCUGUCUUAAUGUUUCCUUCCCCAACUCUUCCUAUGUUUUUAAAACUAUCACAACAGAGGGAAAUCUUCUCUCCUAUAUCCUAGUUUAUGGUGUGCAAGGAAGAUUAGGACAAGACUACUUGCUCAGUUAACUAGAUGGUGGGUAGUGCCUGGAGAGUAAUAGAUGCUGAGAUUCUGCUACCUAUAUAGACAGUUGUUAGAGAAGUGCCUGCCCCCUAAUAGGCAUUUGCACUGAGAAAUACUUGAGCAUCUCAUUGGUCUCACAUGUUGCCUCAUCAUUUUGCACCCCCCUGCAUCUAUCUUACUGUUUUUUGAUGUUGAGAUGAGAUAUGACAGGGCUGUCUUGAGACAGAUUUCCUUGGAAGCCCAAGAAGGAGUGAUUGCUUCACAUUUGUCUGUUCAGUGCUUGUUGACUGCACCAACAGGUAGUGACUGGCAUGUAUAAAUGAGGCCAUCAUGUUUAUGACAGUAUAUAGUAGCAUUUUUGUGUUGUCUCCCAUCACCUCAAAGACAAUGUUUUUCAACAUCAAUUCACCCUGCUUAUUACUAAGUAAUAGAGUGACAGAUAUCUAAGUCAUGGGCAUGCAACCCGUAGGAGUAUUCCAUCUGUCUUUAAACAACCGGUGCCAAAUUCUGCUACUGUCGUGAUGAUUACAGGCAUUCUGGGUUCUUAAAUAUGGAGUUGUUUGUAUUGUUUAAUCUACCAGAACCGUAAACAUGUAGGCAAACCUAAUUGUUCCCUCUUGCUAAAUUUCAAACCCUUGUUCUCAAAAGAAAAUUGAUGCCAGGUGGCAGAAUCUCCAUCUUUUCUUUGUUCUGCCUUUGACUAAAGUUGAAGGAAUCACCAUAGUUACGGUAACAAAACAAACACUGCAUUGAAACAGUAGCCUCCUACAAGGAGAAUGCAAGAAAGAACAGUUUCUCCUCAAUUGUGAAUGAGUCUUGAUCUGCUUUAACUUAACUUAGUUUAAAAUUUUGUGUAACUACACAUGAAACUGUACUGUAGGCUGGUGGAGUCACAUUGCAAGAGCAGAGAAACCACUUUCAGUUUUAUGACAACUCCACACACAGGCAGCCUGAAUUGUGAAGGAGUUUCCAGGAUGCUGGAGCCUUUCCUGAUUGGCCUUUGGCACCAGGAGAGAUCCUGUAUAGAUUGGACGAAUUGUGAGAGGGGUGACCAUAAAGCUGAGAAGAAAUCCACUACUGACUCCUGCUGAACUAGAACACCAUCUCGUGUGUGUGUGUUUUUCAUAUGUGCCUCUUAUGUUUUAAUAUUCCUUUACACUGGACUCUCUUUGUAAAAAGUCUCCACUGUGAAAUGUUUUCUAGGAUUACUAAGCGAUUUGUUCUAAAUCAGAGAGAGAAAAAGAGAGAGAGCACUACUUCCCAAGCUGUCAAGUAGCAAAAGCUUUGUAUUACACUCUACAUACUAGAUCACUUUCCCUCCAUCUAGGGAAAAUCUUUAAUGUUCUCUUGGCAAUCAGGCCUAUGUGUUCUAUGCAGUUCAACAUUUUAGAAAGAACUCGAUCAGAUUUGGAAAAUGUGUGGCCUUGAAAUGUUGGAAUGCAAAUCCCAUCAAGCCUAGCCUGUGCAACCAAAGAGGAGGCAUUAGCGCAGCCUAGCAACACCUGAGAGCCCUUCUGCUUAUCAUGUGCGCUCUACAUCUCUCUCAAGUCUCCCCCUUGAUUGGGCAAGGCCACUGCUACAACUAAAGUGGUGGCUAAGUCUCUUCUAACUCAGUUCAUUUUUCACCAGUGUGCCCUGUGUUUCAUUGGCCAACACAGACAAAAAGGCCACUUCAGUAGGUAAUGUGAAAGAGACCUAUGAGAUUUGCUGCUCUAUAAUUCCGAGUUGUUAAAGGUUGUUUUUGUUUAAGACUUCUCUCACAAAAACUCAGGUUAUGGCAUAAGUAUCCCUCUUUUGCUCUUUCCCUUUUUAACUUCCCCUCUCUCACACACACACACUGAAGAAAAUGAUCCAGAGGUGUUUUUUCAAGACCACCUGUAUAUAACCUGGGCUAUGUCAGGGCGUUAAGACUUGAGUCUUCCUAAGUCUGGACCCAGCACUCAAAACAGAUUGCUGUGCCAUCCAGACUCUCUGCUGAGAUUGGGAUUGUUUAACCAGAUGCUUAGCAAUACACCUGCGGGUGUUUGAUGCAAAUAUGAUGUCAUACUAGUUUGAGCAAAUUCUGACAUUUGAUUACUGUAUUUCAGAAAUAAUGUUUCUGAGUGGUCACUACCCUCGCACAAGUGAAUACUCAUUGGAUCAUCCAUAUAAUUGGUUCUAGGAUUGUCUUGUGGUUCAUCAUUCUUCUGUGAUUUGCCAAUUAGUCCCUAAGUGAGUUGUAUAUUAGACUUACUUUCAUGCUGUAUUUUCACAUGUAUGUCAGUUAUUGACAUUUCUGUAGGAGUUGUUCUAUGGAAACAACAUGUUUAUAUUGGAAACACCACUCUUUAUGAGCCUGAGGACCAUCUGUCCUAUGUGUGCUUGCUAACAGGAUGUCUUCUAACAUUGUUGCCCUCUGUCUGCCUUGCACUUCCAAGAGUGUAUUGGAUUGCCUUGAUUUUGUUCUCUUUACUUCUGGGUGCCGCUUUUAGCCUCCAUACUGAAUCUGUGGCUGUACCUGUAUGGCAGUUCAUUGGAUCCAGAACACAAAAUAAAAUUCUAGACAUCUCCAUAAUAAAAGUGUCUGCUUUGAGGUCUCCUAUA